ACAGCUAUUAGGUUUCUCAUUGUUUACCAACACAGUCGCAGACACAUGUAAAGAAAUCCGGCAGAUUCAUGUCUCCACGUAACUAGAUAAAACAAAUCCAAUUCUGAUUAAACAAAAAACGUCCAAUUAUUUAUGUAAUACCUAUUGAAUUGCCUAAUUUCUGCAAACGAUAUUGUAUUGCUAAUAUAAUUAUUUUUCUUACAAUGUCUGCAGAAUUAGAAGCCGAAUUAGAAAAAAUAACGAAAGAAAUCAGCUUAAUUGAUAAAGCGAUUGACAGGUUGUCAAAGAAAAAACAAGCUUUGAUCUCAAAAAAAUCAGCAAUCAAUCGACAAAUUUCGGAGAAGGCAUCAGAAGAGCUAGCGAAUCAAGACUGGGAGCGAUCAGAUCAUCCAUGGUCCAAUAAAGUGAAGGAAGUAUUGAAAUCAAAGUUCAAGCUGGACAAAUUUAGACCCCAUCAACUUUCAACCAUAAAUGCUGUCAUGUCUGGACAAGAUUGCAUAUUAUUGAUGCCAACUGGUGGUGGUAAAAGCUUAUGUUAUCAGUUACCUGCCAUGGUACUUAAUGGAAUUACCUUGGUUGUUUCACCAUUAGUGUCUCUGAUGGAAGAUCAGAUCAUGGCAAUGGAAUCAUUAAAUUUACCAGCAACACUUCUCAAUGCAAGCAGCACCCGAGAGACUGUGAAUCAUGUUCAUAAAGAAAUGACAUCCAAGGAUCCUUCCAUCAAGCUUCUGUAUGUUACUCCAGAAAAGCUAGCAAAAAGUAAACGCUUCAUGUCUAAAUUAGAAAAAAUGUAUCAAAUGGGACAGUUCUCAUUACUAGCUAUUGAUGAAGUUCAUUGCUGUUCACAAUGGGGUCAUGAUUUCAGACCAGAUUAUAAAUUUCUUGGUAUUAUGAAACGGCAGUUUCCCAAAGUGCCUAUUUUGGGUCUAACUGCUACAGCUACUACUUCGAUCAUUCAAGAUAUUCAGUCUAUUUUAAGCAUGAAAGGAUGUUUGGUAUUAAAAGCCUCCUUCAAUCGACCUAAUCUGAAAUAUGAAGUUGUUUGUAAAUCUUCAUGUCAAAAGGAUAAUGUGUCUGAAUUAGAAGAUUUAUUAAAAAAUCGUUUCAAUGGACUUUCAGGUAUUAUUUACUGCUUCUCAGUCAAAGAUUGUGAAGAAAUCGCUUCUGAAUUAAGAAAACGAGGAGUAAAGGCCAAAGCAUAUCAUGCUCAACUGGAUGCAAAUAAUCGUAGCUCUGUCCACAAAAGCUGGACUUCAAACUCUACUCAAGUCAUAGUAGCAACAGUCGCAUUUGGUAUGGGCAUUGAUAAACCUGAUGUCCGUUUUGUUAUUCAUCAUUCCUUACCAAAGUCGAUGGAAAAUUUUUAUCAGGAAAGUGGUCGUGCAGGUCGAGAUGACCACCCAGCUUCUUGCAUUUUAUUUUAUCGUUUUGCUGAUGUUUUUCGACAAAGCACUAUGGUUUUCACAGAGCAGAAAGGCUUGGAUAACUUGUAUGGAAUGGUGGCAUAUUGCCUUGAUUUAUCCAGGUGUCGGCGUUCUUUAAUAGCACAACAUUUUGAUGAACGUUGGAACACGCAGGAUUGUAAUAAAAUGUGCGAUCACUGUGAACAGAAAGGCUUUUAUGAGGAAAAAUUAAAAAAUAUAGCUAGAGAAUACAGAAGUAUUUUUAAUAUUCUUGAGCAUGCUUCCAUGAUAGAAGAACGAUUAACUAGCCAGAAGUUGAUAGAAGCAUGGCAGGGCAAAGGGCCGCCCAAACUGCGCCCGCCUGGUCACCUCUCUACAACCUACAGUCGAGAAACUUGUGAAAGAAUCAUCGCUCUUCUUCUUUUAGAAUCCUAUUUGAAGGAAGAAUUUCACUUCACUCCAUAUUCCACUAUUAGUUACAUCAAUAUUGGGACCAGGAGACUUUCAAAUGACCAGGAGCUUCUAUUCCCAAUGUCUGUAGUGAGAGUUAAAAAUGACGAUGGAAAAAGUGGAACAUCAUCUACAAAACAUAUUAAGUCAUCCGAAUCAUCAUCAGCAGCAAAAGAGUCUUCAUCAAACAAACAAUCGCAAACAAAAAAAUCACCUCCUUCACUCUCAUCGUCAUCAUCAUCUGCUGCUGCUGCUGCUGCUUCAUCAACAACAAAGGAAAAAGAUCUCAAAACCUCAAAAACCAAUGCUCAAUUAAACGAAAACUCGCAGCUACAGAAUGGCCUGACAUCCAAACAAAAACCGGAUGCUUCUUCAGAUUUGACUAUUGCAUCCACUAGAAAACGUCCGAGGAAUUGCGUUCUUUCAUCCGAUGAAGACGAUGUGAGAGGAAUUAAAAAACAAAUAGUCGAUGUCGAAAAAUCUGGCCAAGCAAUAACUAUUUGCGAUGAAUCUGACGAAGACGAAAUGAAAUUUGAUGAUUUUGAUAUAUUUCCUAAAAAGAAGAAAAGUGUGGAAGGGAAGAAAGUGCCUAUGAUUGUUGUUAGUGACAGUGAUUGAAAGACCCUCUGUUAAAUUGCGAAAUGUAUAUAACCAUCAUUUUUGUUUGCAGUUUAAAAUGUCCUUUGUAUCUCAAAUACAGUUAUUUAUAUAUUAAACAUAUUUCA